AUGGAUAUUCUAUCCAAGCUGUUGGAUAAAGGAGCUAUGGAUAAUCAGUUUGGUCUUCACCCUCAAGGAAAUGCUCCACUGAUCACUCAUAUUAGUUUCGCUGAUGAUGUUCUCCUCUUCUUCGAUGGUACUGAUCAGUCCUUGCAAGGUUUGCUGUCAAUUCUGGAGGAUUUUAAUAAAUGUUCCGGUCUGGGAAUAAACAAGAGUAAGUGUGCGGUCUUCUUUGAUGGAGGUGAUUCUGGUCGCUCUCGAGCAUCUGCUCGGGUUCAUGGAAUAUCUCAAGGUUCCUUUCCCAUCAGAUACCUAGGGGUUCCUCUCACGACGAAGAAACUUAGGCGACAAGAUUAUCAACCGCUGAUAGACAAACUCCAUUUGCGAUUCUCAUCUUGGACAGUAAGACAUCUAUCUUUCGCGGGACGUCUUCAGUUGUUAAAAUCAGUCAUUUACUCUACUAUAUCUUUUUGGGCUUCUAUCUUUCUCCUCCCAAUUGGGUGUUUGAAGACUUUAGAGCAAAUGUGUAACAGCUUCUUGUGGAAGGGAGUUCCGACAGGUGCUAGAGGGGAAAAGGUCUCCUGGGAUGUGGUAUGUUCAUCUAAAGAAUCAGGGGGGCUCGGGUCACGGCGCCUCUGCCCUUGGAAUAAUAUUAUGGGACUCAAGUUGAUCUGGCUCCUUUUUGCUUCUUCGGGGUCACUGUGGGUUUCUUGGACCAGGUUGCACCGAAUUGGAUCGGAUAAUUUCUGGGUUCUUGAUGCAAAUAGAAGAGGAAGUUGGAUUUGGAAAUCCCUCUGCGAGCUUAGGACUUUGGCUCGUCCCUUUGUAUUAUGUGAAAUUAGCUCAGGACUCUCUGGAAGUUUUUGGUUCGAUAACUGGACAUCUCUAGGUCCUUUGAUUGAACUAUUGAGUGUUAAUGCUCCAAGAAUCACAGGCUUAGCAGAGACUACGACAGUACGUGAAGCUCUUAUGGGUAAUCAGUGGUGGUUAAGUUCGUCGAGAUCAAGAAACCCUAUUAUCUCUUUCUUAAGGGACUCUUUGCCGGAUCCGGUUGAUAUUUUUAACUCUGAAGUGGAUGAUCGCUAUCUUUGGCAAAUUGGAGGGAACACUCCUAGAGAUAGCUUUUCUUCUUCAGCCAUGUGGAAUUACUUGUAUAAUCAGUCUCCGGCAGUACCUUGGUAUAGGUCAGUUUGGUUUGCAAGAAUCACAGGCUUAGCAGAGACUGCGACAGUACGUGAAGCUCUUAUGGGUAAUCAGUGGUGGUUAAGUUCGUCGAGAUCAAGAAACCCUAUUAUCUCUUUCUUAAGGGACUCUUUGCCGGAUCCGGUUGAUAUUUUUAACUCUGAAGUGGAUGAUCGCUAUCUUUGGCAAAUUGGAGGGAACACUCCUAGAGAUGGCUUUUCUUCUUCAGCCAUGUGGAAUUACUUGUAUAAUCAGUCUCCGGCAGUACCUUGGUAUAGGUCAGUUUGGUUUGCAGGUAUGAUUCCUAAGCAUGGUUUUAUUAUGUGGCUAGCAGCUCUUGAUAGACUGUCAACUAGAGACAGAAUGAGGCGUUGGGGGGUUUCCGUAUCUCCUUUAUGUCUUUUCUGUGGCAGCAGCGAUGAGUGUAGGCAACAUAUCUUCUUUGAUUGUCCUUAUUGUAGGGAGGUCUGGUCUUUCUUCUACUCUAGACUCCAUCUUUCUCCUCCUCCAUUGUUUGAGGAAGGACUCAGGUGGGUCAGAAGUCCCACUCACAGAUAUGGAAGGACUCAGGUGGGUCAGAAGUCCCUUGACAAAGAGUCUAACUUCGGCUGUCGUAUCAAGCUUCUGUCUAUAUGA